CUAAAAUCCAAUCACUGUAGCUUCUAUCUAUAUACAUACAUAUACAUAUAUAUAUAUAUAUAUAGAGAGAGAGAGAGAGAGAGUGAAAUAUAUACAGUGAGAGAGAGUACACGUAAAUGAAUGUGGUCCGUGUAUGGAACGAAGGAUACAAGGGAGAACACCGUGCUAUCUUUCACCUUCAACUAACGCCGUAUUUUUUCCCUUCUUUGACUCUCUUCUUUGCUACCACUUUUAGCUAAAUUUAUAUAUACUUUUCUGGGGUUGCGUUCUUUUUCCAACUUAAUGGCUUCUGAAGAACAACCAUCGUCGUCUGAAUUUAGCUUGGAAGGGAUUCAAGAUGUCCAGGACUUCGUUUGGGAAGAUCAAGGAGAGUCGUUGGACACAAGGCGAUCUAGUCAUCUUCUUGAUCUAAUGACUUCUGGGAACAGAGCAUUCCGAGAGGAUCGUUAUGAGGAGGCUGUCAAUUGUUAUUCGAGAGCUCAUAAUAUCAAACCAGAUGAUCCCGUCAUCCUUAGCAACCGAUGUGCUGCUUAUCUCAGGAUUGGCCAGUUCCUGAAACAGAGACCAGCUUCUGCAUCUGAGCGUAGACCAUUGAGCGGGCUUGAUCCUACAACCCAUGCUAGCCUUGCAUUGAAGGAUGCCGAGCAGCUUAUGAACAUACAAAAUAAUUCCGUAAUGGCAUAUAUACUGAAGGCAAAUGCGCUCAUUUUGUUAGAAAGGUUUGAGCUAGCCCGUGAUGUAACUCUUGCAGGUCUUCAGGUUGAUGCUUCAAGCAAUGCUCUAAAGAAGUUAGAAAGAUAUACAGCGAAUAUAUUUGGAAAGAAAAUGCAUAGUCAGACCCCACGUACAGAUGACUUUGAUUGCACUCUUUGCUUGAAGUUACUGUACGAACCAAUUACAACUCCAUGCGGUCAUACUUUUUGUCGUUCAUGCCUUUUCCAGUCAAUGGAUCGCGGAAACAGAUGCCCAUUGUGCCGAACAGUUCUGUUUAUCAGUCCUAGAACUUGUGCAAUCAGCGUGACACUGAAAAAUAUAAUAGAGAGGAACUUCCCAGUGGAAUAUGCAGAAAGGAAAUUGGAGCAUGACAGUUUGACCAAUAUGGGUCCUGAUCUGUUACCACUUUUCGUCAUGGAUGUCGUGCUACCUUGCCAGAAGUUCCAUCUGAACAUUUUUGAAGCCCGUUACAGACUUAUGGUCAGGAGAAUCAUGGAAGGAAAUCGGCGAAUGGGAAUGGUUAUACUUGACUCGACAACAGGAUCUGUAGCUGAAUAUGCAUGUGAAGUUGAAAUUACAGAUUGUGAGCCACUCCCAGAUGGCCGCUUUUUCUUGGAGGUUGAAAGUCGGAGAAGAUGCCGCAUCCUUCGAAACUGGGAUCAAGACGGGUACCGUGUUGCUGAGAUUGAAUGGGUGAAGGAUUUGUCUCCUUCAGAAGGAACAAAAGAGAAAUCCGAUCUGCAGGAUAUGACUGAUAAAGUGGCAGAAUAUGCUCGAUCAUGGAUAAAAGUAGCUCAAGAAGCAGCACGAGGAGAUCAAAUGAGGCUUACGGAACUGCAUAAAGCAGAAGGUUUGAUGCCCUCAACACGAGAUUUCGAAAGCUUCAGUUUUUGGCUUGCAACAUUAACAAAUCGUAGACCACAAGAACGGCUAGACCUCCUUCGCAUUAGAGAUACAACUGCGAGGUUAAGGAGGGCAUAUCAUUACAUGAAAGCAGAAGAACAAGGUUGUGGAUUGCAGUGAAAGUAAAGUUGUAACUAUUUUACUCUUGUUAUUCCUCUUUCUUGGUCAUUCAACAUUCUGUGAUACUACUUAUGUAGAGGUCCCUAAGACGGACAAAUAUACCCCUCAUAGCCAACAAAAACAACACAAUGUUUUUCCAAUUUUUCAUAUAAAUUAAGCUUUUUGUCACCUAGUUUUGGCAGUCAAUCUUCUUUGAUAUAUAAUUCCACUUAAGUUAUUAUGAUUUCAGCCAUUUUUGGUCUUAGGAACUUGUAUAAUGUGAAUGUGUAUCUAAAUUGCCACCUUCCUGGAUAUGUUAUAUUUACUCAUGUAUUCUAGUCUGUUUGGUUUG